UUACGUUUUGCGCGCCUAAAUUCAGCCUAUUUACUUUCAGACGUUCAACUUGUCAGUUAUUCAAAAAAACUGAAUUUGACGCUCACUUCAGACUCAGUUUCACUUGUGUGUAAAUCAAAAGCAACUUAUCAUUUAGUAAAAUCAUGUGGAACGAAAGCUCCGUGGGUGGAGGUGGAUUUCUAGACGAUAGCACACAGGGUGCUGGUACUGGCAAAAGAGGAUCACAAAAUGACAAGACUAUUGUUCCCGUAUUAAUAAAACAUAUCACAUCCACCACUGGGGACUUGCAAAUUGCCGGUAGAACCGUAAACAUUUUGUCUAUUGUUGGAAUCGUCCGUCAUAUUGAGCAAGAUACGACAAAAAUCUCUUACACUAUCCAGGAUGAUACAGGUACUCUUACAGCAGUUAUGUGGUUAGAAGCAGAUAAGAAUCCUGAUGAAAGUAACACUUGUACGCAAAUUAAUACAUAUGUACGAGUUAAUGGACUGAUACGCACACAAAAUAAUCAACGACAUGUAUUGAUUCUACGUAUGUCUCCUCUGGAGGACUUGAACGAUUUGACGUGUCACUUUAUGGAGGUUAUGUAUUUCAUACUGAAGGCUAGCAAACCUGUGGAAGAGUCUAGUUUACCUUCCAAUAAUUCAUUAAUGAUUGAUAAUACAAUGAGUGGUAUGUCACCUGAACAAGCAAAAGUUCUUGAGGUGGUUCGGUCAGCGAAUGAAGCUGAAUGUGGUAUUGAGAAAUGUGAUAUUUUGGCAAAAGUACCGAAACACAUUAUACCUCGUUUAGAUGAGAUAUUAGACUUUCUUCUCUGCGAAGGACAUAUUUAUACAACCAGUUCAGAGGAUUUCUUUAAAGCAACCUAA